AGUAGUUGAAGUAUAGUUUUGCAUCUUCUAUUGAUUGCUCUUUUACAUCUCCAAUAUAUAUUUUCUGUUGGAGUUGGCAUUUUUUUAAGAUGCAAAAAGCAUUUUUUAAAGAUGUAAAAUUUUAUAUUUUCUGUUUUGCAUCUCCAAAUUUGCAUCUUUGCUCUCACUAUCUCAUCCACGUCGCCUCUCUGUUUUCGCGCACCCUGCUCAACACGUCGGAGCUCGAUCGAUCAGCAGGCCGGAGUUGACCGCCGGCGGCGUGCCCCGUGCGACCGCGGCCCCUCGGGCCACCGCGAGCCAUUCCCAUUCCUGAAUAAAGAAAGAGGAGGAAGAGAAGCCGAGUUCCUCGAAUGGUAAGCAGGCGUUGACCAGAACAGAGUGGAUCACAUCGCCGCCACCACCACCUGAUGAUUCCACGAAAGAUAUACACGUCCCAUCCGAUCAGAUAGCUUAUCAUCUUCCAUACUUUUAGUUGUUGAUGCGGAGAUAGAUAAGCGGCCGUUGACUUUACCUGGCGCGCGCGCGGCGGGCCUCGGUUCAGCUCAUCUCGCUCGCGGUCGCCGGAGCCGGAGCCCGGACGAGGACGGACGCCGGGGCCGGGGGGCGGGGGCAUGUGAAAUGGCGGCGCUGGAGAUCGCCUUCGCCGCCAUCAGCGUCGCGGUCAUCAUCGCCAUUGCCUACUUCCUCCACACGUGCUCGCGGGAGGCCACGCCUGUGCCGAUGCCGCCGCCCCCCGGCGCGGAGGAGGCCGCCGCCGCCGCCGGCGACGUCGAGAUGCAGGCCGGGAUGGACGAGGCCGCGAUCAGCGCGCUGCCCAAGGUGGUGGUGCGCGGCGGGGCCGGGGAGGCGUCGGCGUCCUCGUCGUCCACGAGCUGCGCGGUGUGCCUGGGGGAGUACGACCGGGGAGACGUGCUGCGGGUGCUGCCGGACUGCGCGCACUCGUUCCACCGGCCGUGCGUCGACCAGUGGCUGCGCCUCCGCCCCAGCUGCCCCGUCUGCCGCACGCCGCCGUCUACGCCGGCGCCGGCAGCCCCCUCGCCCAGCCAAACGUGAUUUUUUUUUUCUGAAACUCUCAAGAUGUAAAGCAAAGUGUAUGUACAUUUCUGUAUACUUCACUGCAAAUAUUUGGAUGGUCGUAGGAGCAUCGCCAGCACAUCUCCAAACCAUCUACUCCCUCCGUCCCAAAAUUCUUGUCUUAGAUUUGUCUAGAUACGGAUGUAUCUAGACAAAUCUAAGACAAGAAUUUUGGGACGGAGGGAGUACUUAACUACACACACACCUUAUACAGUCAAAAAGACUACAUACCAUCAAAUUGGCAGCUUGAAAGAAUUCAAUUCAGGAUGCCUGAUGAAUGAACUGUUCCAUGGAGGAUACACAGAAACCCUCAUCAUUAUUCAUUGAGAUAAACAGCAACAUACAGAGGGUAUUUCAGGUCUAACAAACACAAUACAACACGGGUACAUGAUAAACAGACACAGACAAACAGACAACGGUAUAUAUGUCCCUAACAUUAACAAGUUAGACAAACAGACGAUAUGGUGGGGUGGGG